UAAAAGGCAACUCGUAAAAUCGGAGAAACAAAAUGGAGCUGAAUGUUUUGUUAAGUGAAUCAAAUUAUUGCAGGUUAUGCGGAGAAGAAAACCCCAUGGGAACAAAUGUUUUCGUUCCCGAAGAAAGUGGCACGAUUUACCAGGAAUAUAUAAACAAGUAUUUGCCCCUUAAGGUUAGCAUUGAUGAUAUAUUUCCGAAGAAAAUAUGCCCAGGAUGUUUGAUAAAUCUCGAAGCAACCAAAGGCUUUAUGGAUCUUAUUAUUGCUGGCCAAGCUAAGUUGAGAGAAAUACUUCGAACAGAACAAGAAAAAUUUAUCAGACAAGAAAACCAAAGGUUGCAAUUAGAAGAAGUUUUGCACAAUGUAAACCCUAAUUCAAGUGUUGAAACUUACACUAUAGAACAUGAUGACAAUGGAGAAAAAUAUGUUAUUCAAAUAAUUUCUGAGGGGCCUUUAUUUCCUAAUGAUCACAGAUUAUCUCUAGAUGCUGAGGGUUUAAAUAAACCAAAAAAGAAAAGAGGAAGACCUCCUAGAAGCCAAACUGAAGUAAAAGACAACUCUCAUCAAACACCUGUGGCAGAUAAAGAAAAAAAGGUGGAAGAAGAAAUUGGUCUUGAUGGCAGAAGAAAAAGACGAAUUAAAGUUCCACAAAGAUACCAGGGGGAAGUUCAGGGCAAAGAAUUGGACAAAUAUUUUAUUGAAGAGGGUGUUAUAGACGGAGAUGAAGCUCAACCUGGCAUUGUGGAGGAUUUAAAUAAAAAAAAAUACCAAAAUGUUAUUGGUAGAAUAGAAACUGUUGAUGGUGAACAGACAGGACAAAUGGUUACAUACAGAAGUAAAUACAGACCUGGUCUCAGUGUCAUAAGAAAGAAAAAGAAAUACACAUGUGAGGCAUGUAAGAAGAGUUUUCUACAUUUUGCGCGAUACAAGCAACACAGGCAAAACCAUAAUAUUUACUACACUUGCGCAGAACAGGGUUGUAAUGAAGAAAAUACCGACAAAGAAAUAAUUAUCAAACAUCAGUCCAUAAGUGAUCAUAAAGGAAUUAAUACCAUUGAGAAAUAUGAAGAUUUGGGCAAAAAAAUUGUGGCCAACGCACCACUAGACCCGAUCCCGGAAAACGAGGCACUAGAAGGAGAACAAAAUUUGACUGAAUUUCAGUGCGAAAUCUGCAAGAAAUACUUUUCGUGCAAGCAAAACCUCUACGGUCACAUAACGGCCGUGCAUAAACAAGAAAAGCCGUACAAGUGUGAACUGUGCGACAAAAGUUUCUCCUUCGUGCAAACUUUAAAGGUGCACCGACUCACCCACAACGAGGACGACGUCAAUAAAGUGUACCGUUGCGACAGCUGCGACAAAGUUUUCACUCACCCGAGCAGUCUGCAGUACCACAAGAACGCCGAUCACAGCAAGGGCAAACGGUACGUGUGCAACAAGUGCGACAGGUGCUUCAAGCACAAGCAGUUGCUGCAACGCCAUCAGCUGGUGCACAGCGAUGACAGACCUUACAAGUGCACAGUGUGCCAUAUCGGCUUCAAAACGAAAACCCACCUGAUGAACCAUAAGGUCGUUCACUCGAGCGAAAAAAGAUUCUGCUGCAACCAGUGCGGCAACUCGUUCGCGCACCGCACCUCUCUGACGUUGCACCUUCGUUGGCACGAGGGUCAUCGGCCGUACAAGUGCGAUGUGUGCGCCAAGUGUUUCUCGCAAAAAGGCAACCUCGCGGAGCACAUGCGCACACACACCGGGGAGAAACCGUUCGUUUGCUCGGUGUGUUCAAAAUCAUUUACCACGUCAUCGCAGCUGAAGCUGCACGCGAAGCUGCACACCGGCGAGAAGCCGCAUAGCUGCGAGCUGUGCCAGAAACGGUUCUUGCACAAGUCGACCUACAAGGCGCAUCUCAGGAGGCAUGUCAACGAUAAGCCGUAUGUUUGCAAAUACUGUACCCGAUCGUUCGCCGAAACGUGGGCGCUGAAAAAGCACGAGCGCAUUCACACGGGCGAGCGCCCUUACAAAUGCGACCGAUGCGGUCGCUCGUUCUCGGACAAUUCGAACAUGUUAAAACAUCGGCGCACGCAUUUCAAGGAGCGCUCGAACGCGCAACAAACGAGCAUGCAGCUGGCCUUGCCGGAUGAUUUGACAACGGACUUGGUCGUGGGCGCCGAGAUGGCCAUCGGCGAGGAGAAAAACGAUAUGGGCGGCACGUUCGAGAUACAGCAGAUCGACGAGAGUGCGUUGCUUUUGGGCGCCGACGAUGGACAAGAGAUACGGAUUAUUCAAGACGAUAUUGCUACGGAUGGGGUCAGAGGGUUGCUGGCUGAUGGAACUAUAGUGCCUAUUGAUUGGGCUAGUUUGCAGAACAAAAAUAUAUUCCAAAUACAGGAUGUUGAGGUAGAGGAUUCGGGUCUUAUCGACGACAAUUUGCAAUUUAUAAAUACAGAUGCCCUGAAGGAUGUAAACGUCAGUUUUGUUGGCGAAGACGGUCAAGAAAUGUGUUUUGUUACCACUUACGGAGUCGACGACAGCGCUCUAGCGCCGCAACUUUUGACGGUGUCAAAAGACGGCCUCCUAAACCUUAACUGUAACUAGGCAAAUUAUAAAAACGCUUUUAGGGAUACAAAAAAUAUAAUAUAUUAAAAUAUCAUAGCAAAAACGUAUAAACAAUAUAUAUAGCAGUUUAAAAAGACAAAAUAUCGCUAAUCACAAAUCAAUUAAUUCAUAGAAAAAUUUUGAGUGUAAUCGUAUUCUAUUGUGGGUAUUACGGAUUGCAUGAACUUGAGGAAUAUUAUCAGGUACAUGUGCACCCCAAGUUCACCGCCGCCCUCGGUCACUGUUUCGAUGAUGCUCUUCAUCACCUGCGCAUGCCUAAAAAAAUCAAAUUUUAACAAUUUUGUGGAAAAAUCAA